GGCUCUUCCUCCCUGACAGAGCGGGGAGGCUGAGAGAGGAGCGACAGCAUGCCAGAGCCCGUAUGCAUCGCUCCCAUCGACACCGAGCGUCGUUUGACUGCAUUUGAGGGCAAAUCUGCUCUCAACUCAUCCCACGGUGCAGCGCCAAAGGAGGCAGCGAUGGUCUGACGGGACACAAACACAGAAAGAGACUCGAAGGCAGAGAGAGAGAGAGAGAGAGAGAGAGAGAGAGAAGAAAAGGGAGAGGGGAGAAAGAGAAACGCCGCUUUGUUUUUGAAACGCGCACAUACAUACACACGCAUAUAUAUAUAUAUAUAUAUAUAUUUAUUUAUUUGUUGGACAUUGGAUUCAUAUUUGCAGAGCGGGACGGAUCGGGUGACCACAACGCCUUUGAGGAAGGAGAUGCCACAGAGGAGCGGUGAGAGCUGUGCGACGCUUCAAAACCAGGGCUUUUCUUGCGCGAUGGACGAGACAUAUUGAUGCUAAGGAACUGGCGACUUACCACGUUGCGGACGAGAGAUGUUUUGCAACUGCCGGGGGCUGCUCGGGAGGAUGAAUGCCUCCCCUGGCGUCAUUUCUCGCUUGUAAUAUGUAGGUGAAGCGAGUGCAGCUGUUUGUCGGCUAGUGAAGCUCAUAAAGCAUCGCUCAGUGGUUGGAGCCGAGCUCCGGGGACGCUACUAACAUUUCCCACCUUGUAAGUUCUAUGUGACCGUUGCGGUGUCCCACUACGGAGCCUCCCGAGCUGUCCGUGGUCCUGAACGGAUCAGCCAGCCCUUCGGGUCUCCACGAGUUGACCUUCUCCCCAGCGAGCACAGAAAUCACCCCGCCGCAAGACACACUGUAAGGUGACAAAGGAGGCCACCACUCAUGAGCUUUUGCCGGGCUUGACUGAGUCAGCCAGACAAUAUUCUCCUUUCAUGGCUGUGGCACGCAAAAUCAAAACUUUGCUGACCGUCAACAUCUUAGUGUUUGUGGGGAUUAUACUGUUCUCGGUGUACUGCAGGAUCCAGGACCGAUCCGAGGAGCUCAUCCAGAUAGGGCGUAUUUCUGACCAGAGGCUGCGAGCCAGGAAUGGCAAAGUUUCCAACUUGGUGGACAGGCAGUCAAUUCUCCAGAGGCUGGAGAGGCUGGAGGAUGUGGUCUACAACCAGUUAAACGGUUUAGCGAAGCCCAUGGGGCUGGUGGAAGGGCCCGGAGGCCUCGGCCAGGGGGGAGCUGCUGCCACUCUGGGAGAAGAUAGCCACGAUGCCGAAAGGAAGUAUGAGGAGUAUGGCUACAAUGCUCAGCUCAGUGAUCGUAUCUCCCUGGACAGGAGCAUCCCAGACUACAGGCCUAAGAAGUGUAAGCAGCUGACGUACCCAGAGGACCUUCCUCAGAUCUCAGUAGUCUUCAUCUUUGUGAAUGAGGCUCUGUCAGUGAUCCUGCGCUCCGUCCACAGUGUGGUCAAUCACACACCGGCACACCUGCUGAAGGAGAUCAUCUUGGUAGAUGACAACAGUGACAGUGUGGAGCUGAAAUUCAACUUGGAUCAGUAUGUGAACAAACGCUACCCAGGCCUCGUAAAGAUUGUGAGAAACAGCAAGAGGGAGGGUCUGAUCCGGGCCCGUAUACACGGCUGGAACGCGGCCACGGCUCCCGUCGUCGGCUUCUUUGACGCUCACGUUGAGUUCAACACCGGCUGGUCUGAACCUAUUCUGACCCGGAUGAAGGAGGAUCAUACCCGCAUUAUCUUGCCCGCCAUAGACAACAUCAAGUACAACACGUUCGAGGUGCAGCAGUACGCUAAUGCCGCCCACGGCUACAACUGGGGUCUAUGGUGUAUGUACAUCAUCCCUCCACAAGAGUGGCUGGACAGGGGCGAUGAGACAGCCCCUAUCAGAACUCCAGCCAUGAUCGGCUGCUCUUUCGUGGUAGAUCGGGAAUACUUUGGUGAGAUCGGUCUGCUGGACCCUGGCAUGGAGGUCUACGGAGGUGAGAACAUCGAGCUGGGCAUGCGGGUGUGGCAGUGUGGUGGGAGCAUGGAAGUCCUCCCGUGCGCCAGAGUGGCCCACAUCGAGCGCACCAAAAAACCCUACAACAAUGACAUAGAUUACUACGCCAAGCGCAAUGCCCUGCGAGCCGCUGAGGUGUGGAUGGAUGAAUACAAAUCCCACGUCUACAUGGCCUGGAACAUUCCCAUGAAUAACCCUGGGGUUGAUUUCGGGGAUGUCUCGGAGCGCUUGGCCUUAAGGAAAAGGCUGCAAUGUCGGAGUUUCCGCUGGUACCUUGAACACGUCUACCCAGAGAUGCGAAUCUAUAACAACACCAUCACAUAUGGCGAGGUGAGAAACAGCAAGGCCAGCGGCUACUGCCUGGACCAGGGUUCUGAGGACGAUGAUAAAGCCAUCCUGUACCCCUGCCACGGCAUGUCCUCCCAGCUGGCUCGGUACUCUACGGAGGGGCUUCUCCAGCUUGGUCCCCUGGGGUCCACCACCUUCCUGCCUGAUACAAAAUGCCUCAUUGAUGAUGGCAGAGGACGUACUCCCAGUCUGAAAAAAUGUGAUGCUGUGUCGAGGAUUUCCCAGAGGCUUUGGGACUUUACACAGAAUGGGCCGAUCAUCAGCAGGGACACUGGCCGAUGCUUAGAGGUAGAAAUGUCCAAAGACGCCAACUUUGGCCUUCGCCUUGUGGUCCAGAGAUGCUCUGGUCAGAAGUGGAUGAUACGAAACUGGAUUAAGCAUCCCAGGCACUGAAACCAGAGAAAGACCUCUGAGACAGUUUGGGCAGCGUUUCAAGUCACAGUUAGAUCUUAAACUGUGGACAGUUCAGAGAGAGCAGAGCGCCGGUGAUGCUGGUGUGUGGUAUUUCACACCACAGACUACACAGUACACUGGGUCUCCCUCAGGCCACAGAGCUUUCCAAUACUGAGUUUUAAAGAAGAAUAUGAUCAAUCCGUGUGUUCCACUGAGCUGCACAUUCAUACCAGACCUUAUGGCAGGCUGCACCUUUUGAAAUGGCCCACAUCUCUGAUAUUCAGCUACAGUUGUACAUGUAUAGAGCAAGUCAUCUGAGUGCAGCCCCUGAAGGUGGUUCAACGUUCUAGUAAUUAUAUUGUUCUACUGUAAAAGUAUCAGCUCUUUGGAGAUGAGAAAGCGUGGGUGGAUGGGUGAUUUUUUUUUUUUUUUUUUCCCUGAGUGAAUCGGAGCAAAU